CUUAAACUAACCCCAUCCCACUGCCCAUUGCAGCAAUCUACACUCUCUCUGAUAUUAUGCUAAAGGUACGUUGCAUAGAGAUACCUUGGAUGCAGGUGAGUCUCGUCGUCUUGCAGUGGUCUUUGGACAAGCCUUGACGGUCGUAUUACACCAUUUCUUUGUCAUCGUGCAACUGGCUCCAACCUUUCUUGGUCUCGAACUUACCAAUCAGCAUUGCUGCCCGCACUUCCAAACGAGGGAAGGCCUCGAUUCGGCCUGCAGAUGUCCAUUAUGUAUACAGAACAGAAUGGCUUCGCUUCUCCGUGGGUUUGGGGCUCAAGAUCUUGGCGACUUGUCGACUUCUUCUAUAAGUGCGUUUUCCAUCAUGUCACUCGCGACUUCUUCAACGCCUAUUUGAGGCCCAUUUUGGCGAGAGCAGUAUGUCCGCAGCAAAACCCUCAGGUGAAAAGGCGUUCUUAUGGAUCAAUAAAGGAGGUGAAUCGGGCUCACUAUCAUCGAGUGAUAGAGGAGAAAGUCAACGCAUUUUUCGGUUCGUGCAGAAACAGAGAUUGGGGACUGCCAAAAAGGACAGUCCUCCGGUGGAAGAUUCUAGCCAGCAAGGUACUUUGCCUGCAAAAUCGUCUCUUCCAGCCUCAGGGAGAUCUAGACCGCGUCGAUCGUCGAAUCAAAGAAACCUCCAUACAUGGCAAAAUACACUACUACCCAAGUCGAGUGUUAUAGCAGGCCCCGAAACCCAAUCACAUGGUCAAAAUCCUGUACUCGACCUUCCAAAAUUCACAUCCUCCAAAGAAUGGAUAUCACGCUUUCGGAACCGGGGUCAAAGCAUCCCAACCCAAAACUAUAUCCCCGCCUCCGCGGCUGACCCAUUCUCGGCCACGCCAAUACCCUUGACUCGAAGCGUGGAAGCCCUCAUCAGAUACCAUAUUGUCAUGUCUGCAACUGGUUCCCAUAACGACAAGGCUGAGGUCCUUCCUCCCCACCUGCAACCAGGACGCCGCUACCACAAAGUUCGGGAGGCUUUGUUUGCUCGUUGCAUGCAUGUUAAAGUUGAUCUAGCCGGACUAUUGGUAGUCAUGUCCGCGCGUAUGUUUUACAUCUCUCGAAUCCCAUUUAUUGGCAAUGCGAGCCCAGAGACGUACACGCAGAUUGCCCUCGCAGCAGUGAGAGAGCAAAUGCAAGAGUGUCAAACAAAGGACUCGCCCCGAAAUGUUCUCGUGCGCGGUAUGCAUGCUCUCGCUCUCGCAGCAUGCAUUUCCCAGCAAUUUGAAGCCGCUGCUACUCACAUUCGGGCUGCCAAGUCAUUGAUACAUUUCCUCGAUGCCACUGACCCCCUAGAUGCCUUCAUAGGAGAGGGACUCUUCAACAUCGAUAGGAUGAUUUCAAUUGAGACCGGCUGGAUCCCUCAAUUUGACCUCUUGUUCGACCCAGGCCCUCUGAAUCAUGCACGUCUGUCGUUCAUCAAACACGAACUCGCUGAUUAUGCUUCUGGCCGGCGUCAACCGACUGCAAGUUCGCACAGCCCCGUUCCUGAUUCAUGCCGCCCGUCCGAUUCGAUUAUGCCACAAUAUGUCGACUUUCUUGCCGAUGCGUCUACAACUCUACAUCACAGCCUUGGUCGUGGCUUGGAGCAAGCUCUACAAGCUGACCUCAUCCACCCCGAUCUCGCCUCUAUUUUUCGAGACACUCUCGAUUGCCUUACUGUGGCAAAAUACGUCUGGCGCACUUCAGACGCGACCAGAUCUGACGCAGAUUGGAUGUGCAAACGCAUGCGGGCGAUUUCUCAUCGUCUCCUUCUCCUUCCUGCCAGUCUCUCAUACGGCUCCGAUACCAUGAAGACUGAAGCAUUACGCCUUGCCCUUUUCUUGGUGGUCGUUCGCUGCACCAAUCGAAUGUCAUUUCGAACUGCUCAGCCAAACAUGCGCCGUCUUCAAGAGGCAUUGUCUGGCAUUGACACAAGUUGGGCCCCAACAUCAUCACCAGAAGUGCCGCGAUACGAGGGUUUUGAGACCGUGUGUACUCCUCAAUCGUCUACAACGAGCUCGCCAUCUUCUCCGCCUCCAAAGUCUUCGGCUUUACUGGAGAACUCGCUUCUUCUUUGGGUUCUCAUGACUGGUCUUUUCGCCGCGCAAGGGGAGCCAGAGGAGUCUUGGUUUUUGGUGCGUGCGGCCUUUGUUGCUGAAUUCCACAUGGGUUUGAAGAGUUAUGAAGAUCUUCAGGAUUUUAUGAUGGACUAUCUUUACUCGAGUACGCAGCAGCAGUAUAGCCUGAUAGCUGUAUCUCUACAUUUGUCCAGCUGAAUCGCUUGGUGGAAGUCCACAGCUCACGAGGUCUGUCGAUGAGGGUGAGAUUGCAUGUUUGUUGUAGUCCAUCCACAUCUUCAGACAUGACAUCGAACAACAUGAUGUUGACAUAGUGAGACUACCUACUCAGCGUCAUUGUAGCCAAACACAACACAUUCAUUC